UUUGCCACCGAAAACCCGAGGCUAAGGACAACCCCCCCGCUAGAGGCCGAUACAAGGCGAUGCAAGUCACCAACGACUUGGGGCCCCACCAGUGUGCUCUACACCGUCCCGUCUAUAACACCUCGAAAGCAGAGACUCUUGCGAACGCGCCAAACUUCCUUUUUUAAGGCACUCUCCAUCUUCUCUUAGUCUUUUUUAAAAUAACUUGUCGAACCGUCUGUCGAGCAAAAUCCACUCGAUUUCGUCUCACUUAAAUAUUCACGCUCAACCAACCAACAACAACACACCUCCAAACAAAAUGAGUUCCAAGGAAGCAACGAAGGAAGUUGAAGCCGACGAAGUCAUCGCCGCCGACGCCAAGAAAGAUGCAGUCAAAGGCACAAAACGGCCAGCAGAAGAUAAAAAUGACGACAUUAAGAAAUUAAAGAAAUCCGAAGAAAACGGUGAUGAUGAAGAGGCCGAAGAUGAAGAAGAGGCUGAAGGAGAGGAAGAUGAGGAGGAAGAAGACCUGCCCGAAGGUGAAGAAGACUUCGAUGAAGAGGGUGAAGGCGAAGGAGAAGGCGACGACGAUGAUGAAGGAGAAGGAGACGACGAUGAUGAUGAUGCGUAAAAAUGUGAGACAGGAAAAAAAAUUAUUAUUUUUUUUUUUUUUUUUGGCUUCGGUCAGGGUCCACACACUUUUUGCGCAUGCGUUACGUCGCUCAGCGGGAAAGCAGCCGGCACCGGUCGGAAUUUUUUUUGUGAAUUUUGAUUUCAUCUCUCUCUGUCUCUUAUACACUCCCCUGAUUCAUGAUACCUUUUAUUCCCACUCUUUAUUUCGCCUCCCAAUUUUUUUUUAAACCGAGACACACACACGAAAAAAACAAACACCUCAUAAUGUACGAAAAAGACUUAUCAGAGCAGCCGCCCCUCCAUCUUCUUUAUUAUGAUUAUGUCAUGUGUGUGUGUGUGUGAACGUGAGCGCGCGAGCCCAACGCCAUCUCUCUUUUUUCUCCCUCUAAAAAAAUUUUUCGGUCGCCCUGUCAUUUUGUAUGAACGUUUUUCAGUUUGACUAUGGAAACAAAAUCACUCACAAGACACUACCCACCACAACAAAAACCACAUACAACAUUACCACCAUCCCUGAUCUGUCCAGCCCCUACCCCUCCCUCCCCCACCCCCCUUAUUUACUUGGCGGGAGAUUUUUGAAUUAAAAGAGGAAGAAGAAAAAUUUUGAUCGGUGCCGUGUCUUUUUUUUUUUAAUAAUUUUUAUUUAAUACCUUUUUACAAAAGUAGGGAGACAACCUGAUAGAUAAACACGAAAUAAUUCAUUCUACCUAAGGAAUAGCAACAAAAAAAAAUGAACGUAUUGUCUCUUUAAGUUAACCGUACAAUUUUUAUGGCAUCAUAGAGAUAACAAAAACCAGCGAUCCAAAAAAAAAUACUUUUUGAUUUUCGGUAGAUUAUUUUACUAUCGACUUACUUUUUUGACAGAUUUAAAGAAAAAUUGCUGAGCGCUCAGGAUCAUUAUCAUCUCCUCGCCCACCAUCUCCUCAUUACCAUUUUAUCACCACCGCCGUUAUCGUCCGUUUUAUUAUUAUUUUUUAAAAAAGUUUCAUACCUCGCCACCAACUUCUGGCCCAAACUCACGAUGUCAAUUUGAAAAUAAUAAUAAAAAAUAACAAAAGAUAAAAGAUAUGUUACGUCAUGAUGAAAAGUGAAUCAGACAAUUUCAGGGGGUCUACUAGUGUAACAUGCUCUGCUACACGUAGUCCAGUUGGGAUUUGACAUUUGACAGGAAACACGCUGGGAUGAUUAAAAUUGAUGGGAAAGUUAAGAUGUGAUAUCUAACUAUCGACUCGUUUGUUACUGUGUGUGCAGGUCGUAGGAAGGAAGACGAACGUGAGACGACAAACCCGUUGUUCUUUUUAAUUUGAUUUUGGCGAAAGAUGAUUUCCCCUCCUCUCCACACAACUCACGAUUUUUCUUUAAAUAUUCACCACCACACCUCAUCAUCGGAUUUAUCGACACAUUUUCUUCGCUGUAUGCCCGAGGACAAAAAAUAAGAAUUGUGUAAUUCCCCCCAUACAAAAACCCAAUAGAUGGUUCUCUUCGUU